AUGAUUCUAGCAACUGAUCUGAUAACAAGCAAGACAACAAAACACGUCGCGACUGACGCCGCCACUGCUGUCAAUAAACAACGAGAGAUCAGAGCUGAGCAGAUCGAAUCAAUUCGCGAUGAUAUCAUUGACGAAAAGAACUUUGAAGCCCAGCCCAGAUGUGGAACUCACGAGACAUCGGAGAAAAUAAAACAGUCG